GUACGUAACAGACGUCACGUUGGACGUCAUUAGUGAGGUGUUUUGAAAGGAGAAGGCUGUUAAACUGCUGAGCGUCUGGAAUUUAAACGUCAGCUGAAAAACUCAAAGAUUAUGAACGACAAAUUAGCGGACUUCCACCUGUACGGGUGAUGGCAACACGUCUGCAGUCCUAUGACAGCAACUCCAGUGACACAGAAAACUGGGAACGAAAAACCCAAAGCCGACCUCGUAAAUUCUACAAGCGUACGAGCAGUCAGGUCAGAGCAUCUCGAGCGGAGGCAGAACAGAGGAAGAUGAGUUUGCAUGGUGCUAGUGGGGGCUGUGACCGUUCACGUGACAGACGCCGCUCCAGCGAUCGCUCCAGGGACUCUUCGCACGAGAGAGAAGGCCAGCUCACCCCCUGCAUUCGUAACGUCACCUCACCCACCCGGCAGCACAUCAGUGACCGUGACAGAGAUGGUGGGCCAUCUUCACGGUCCACUAGUCCACGACCUCAAAGGGUCUCACCCACCGGCUCCAGCAGCAGUGGGGUGGUGAGCAGUCGCAAUAGCAGCCUAUCUAGUUCUGAUGGCGCCUUCAAGAGUCUGGGAGUCGGAGAAAUGGUGUUUGUCUACGAGAAUCCCAAAGAGGGCGGAGCCAGUUCCACCGUGGGGACCCGGAACCUACGUACCUCAGAAAGAGUCACUCUCAUCGUUGACAAUACACGCUUUGUAGUAGAUCCUUCUAUUUUCACUGCACAACCCAAUACAAUGCUGGGCAGAAUGUUCGGCUCAGGACGUGAACAUAACUUCACUCGGCCCAAUGAAAAAGGAGAGUUCGAGGUGGCCGAGGGCAUCAGUUCAACAGUGUUUCGAGCCAUUCUGGAUUACUACAAAUCUGGGAUAAUCCGGUGUCCAGAUGGAAUCUCCAUCCCAGAGUUACGGGAAGCGUGUGACUAUCUAUGCAUCUCUUUUGACUACAGCACCAUUAAAUGCAGAGACCUCAGUGCCCUGAUGCACGAACUGUCCAAUGACGGAGCUCGGCGACAGUUUGAGUUUUACCUGGAGGAAAUGGUUUUGCCAUUGAUGGUAGCCAGUGCCCAGAGUGGAGAGAGGGAAUGUCACAUUGUUGUCCUUACUGAUGAUGAUGUCGUGGACUGGGAUGAAGAAUAUCCACCUCAAAUGGGAGAAGAAUAUUCACAAAUCAUCUACAGCACAAAACUGUACAGAUUUUUCAAGUAUAUUGAAAACAGAGAUGUUGCCAAGUCAGUGUUGAAGGAGAGAGGGUUGAAGAAAAUACGACUGGGCAUAGAAGGUUACCCGACAUAUAAAGAAAAGGUUAAGAAACGACCAGGGGGUCGCCCGGAGGUCAUUUACAACUACGUCCAGAGACCCUUUAUCCGCAUGUCCUGGGAGAAAGAGGAGGGUAAAAGCCGGCACGUGGACUUCCAGUGCGUCAAGUCCAAGUCCAUCACCAACCUGGCGGCAGCAGCAGCAGACAUCCCCCAGGAUCAGCUGGUGGUCAUGCACCCGGGGCCUCAGGUGGAUGAACUGGACAUCCUGCCCAAUCACCCACCGAGUGGGAACCACUACAGCAACAACUACAACAACGAGCCUGACCCUGACGCACCUUCACCUGCUGUCUGAGGACACACACACACUCGUCUUCUCUCUAUGCCUCCGCUCCUUUCCUCCUCCUCUAGUCCUCCUCCCAGCAUGCUGCAGCGCGGAGCACCAGGGGCACCAUAACCAUAUUGCCUUGACACCUCCUUUGCGGCCUUAGAGCCUCAAGAACCUGGAAGAUUAUUGAAGAAGAAACAUGAGGGAUAUGAGACUGGUGGAAGGAAAAUGUUCACUUAUAUUUACAAUUUGUUUUUUACUCAA